AUGACCCCGGUCCUAGAAGAACCUCCUGCCAAAACUGUUCACACCGACCUGGGUUACUUUGGCUCAUUUGAGCCAGGGGUUAGUAACGCGUGCAGUUACGUUGGCAUUGCCGCUGAGGCGCGGGGGGAUGGAGGGGUGUUGAACACUUUGAACGACGAUGGCUGCCAGACCGACUGCAGGAUCCCUGCUGGUGGCCCUCAGCACCAGGAUUUCCAGCUGCUAGGCCUUGUCUCUAUGAUGGCUCAGCCAGCUUGUGAUGCUGAUGAGCCUUCUCAAGGGGACGGCCAGUUCGUGACUCCUGAGCAGUUCAAGGACAGCUCUGGAGCCAAGUACCUGGCAAGGCUGGAGAAGCUGGUGCCCAGCGCCUUUGAGAAGCAGGGGUCAGCCAAGCUGGAAAAAGCUGAGAUUCUGCAGAUGACUGUUGACCAUCUGAAAAUGCUCCAUACAGCAGGAGGGAAAGGUUACUUUGAUGCUCAUGCUUUGGCAAUGGACUAUCGGAGUCUAGGGUUUCGAGAGUGCCUGGCAGAAGUAGCUCGAUACCUUAGCAUUAUUGAGGGUCUGGACGCUUCUGACCCUCUGCGAGUUCGACUUGUGUCUCAUCUCAAUAAUUAUGCCUCUCAACGGGAAGCAGCAAGUAGUGCGCACACUGGCAUUGGACAUAUUCCCUGGGGCAGUGCCUUUGGACAUCACCCUCAUAUAUCUCACCCACUGCUGCUGCCUCAAAAUGGGCACUGUAAUACCAGUACCACAGCAUCUUCCACAGAACCACAUCACCAGAGCAGAAUUGCUGCACCACACGCUGAAACUUCCUCACUCAGAGUGCCCCCAAAUGGCAGCGUUGGACCAGUACUCCCUGUGGUCACGUCUACUUCCAAACUGUCUCCUCCUCUUCUCUCCUCCAUGGCAUCCCUGUCUGCGUUCCCUUUUUCAUUCAGCUCAUUCCAUCUGCUGACCCCUAAUGUGCUGAGCCCAUCUGCACCAACGCAGUCAGCAAACUUUGGCAAACCGUACAGACCAUGGGGGACUGAGAUUGGAGCCUUCUAAGGACAGACUGCUUAGUAAGGGUGGGGAAGCCUACAAACCUAGCUGAGCUGGGUUAUGCCACACGUAAAAUUGAAACUCUUAAUAAACUGGGACAAAGGUACAGUUUCACCUUAACGUUUGUCCAAAAACUGUCUCUUUGGGUUUUUUGUUUUCUACAUUUUUGUAUUAGCAGUUUUUUAAAGAAAUAGUUGCUGAAGUUGUCCAAAAAUAAAAUUACAAUAGUGGAUGUUAACCCUUGUGUUAGAUCUAUGCUGAGCAUCUAAAUUACUUUUCUUAACAGUUUAUUUCAAAUGUUCCAUUUUGCCUCAGUGCGUCAGACCACCUUUUUAUGCAGAAAUGAGUACAUUGCCUACUACUGUUAGCAACAGCUUAGCUUAGUUAUUAAUUUUUCCA